UCCAGGGAUCCCGGGCAAGCAUAGGGCCCGGGGCGCUCCUCCGCCCAGCUCGGGCAUCUCUGCCGCAACUGCGGCCCGCGAGGCAGCCACGCAGCCAGGGUGCCCUCAGCGGGCAGCUGUUCCUCGGUUCUGCUCUGGAUGCCAACACUCCAGUAGCCCUGGUGGGGAAGCCCUUCUGCGGCUCCCCGGUCUAAACUCCCGCCAGUCCCGACCGCCCCCACCCCCUCCACCUGGCGGGGGCGGCGCGGAAACGAAGAGGACGCGCGGUACGGGUGGGCACGCGUGGACGGUGUGCGGAUCUGCUCUUCGCUCGGCGUCUUUCCUCUCCUACAAGUGGCGGUGCUCGGACUCUGUUCUUAGCUCCGGGGAUCGGUGCUGCAGGCAGAAGCACCCUUUUCUCUGGCGGGGCGCUCAAGGCUGUUGGGGAGAGCCGUGGCGGUGGCAGCAGCGGCUGAGGCUGGUGCCUGGCGAGCUCCAGACGGGCACUCCGCUCCCGCCUGGACCCUUUCGCCCUCCUCUCUUCUCCUCCUCUCCCUCCUCCCCAUCCCCCGUUUCCCACUCCUCCUCUUCCUCCUCCUCCUCUUCCUCUCCCCGCUCGGCGAUGCGAGUCUGUGUCGUGUAACAGGAUUGGCGUUGCAAUGGCAACUGAUGGAAUGGGGGAAGGCAAGACAGCAGGGCUGGGGGCUCCGGACUGCGGGCGGGCGAGCCGCUGCCGCCGCUUGACGCUCCUCUGGGGACCUUCGCGAGUUACUUUGUAAAGGCGAACCCGGGCAAGGGAGCCCCGCUUCGUGGCCAGGUCAGAGGCCACUUCCUGCUCCCCGGCUGUCCACCGCGGUUUGCAUUGCGCUGCGCCCCCGGGGCCCCUGCCCGCGCCUGCCGCUUGCCCGCGCCGGGAGCCAGAGCAACGCUUCCCCGAAGAACACUUGUCCUGGCAGCUCUGCUUCCCAUCACCGCCCCCUGCUCCUCCCCGGCGUCUGCGAUUUUCCCAGGCGCCCGUUGUGAGUGCGGCUUGCGUGUGAGUGCGUGUAUCGGGGUAUUGUGUAGUGGGAGUGUGUUCGCGAGUGUGCUUGUGUGUGUGUCUGUGUGUGUGUGUGCGUGCGUGUGUGUGAGUGUGUGUGUUUGCUUGUGUGUGUGGUGUGUGUGUGUGUGUGCAUGAGUGUGGGGUGUGUGAGGAUCCAGCGCUCUGCUCGCGGCCGCCGCCAGGGAAGGACAGACGGACAGAGCUUCCUUCCACCGGGAACAGUUCCUGAGAACCUCGUCUCGGCCCGGGCACAAGUGGAGCGCGCCUGACUGGCCGCUGGCCUCCGGAAGGUUCCACUGCGUCCCCCUUGGGCUGGAUAUGUUUAUGUUCACGUGAAGAUGGAUUUAGUGUACGGUCUCGUGUGGCUGCUGACAGUCCUCCUGGAGGGGAUCUCUGGCCAAGGAGUGUACGCUCCCCCGACAGUUCGGAUCGUGCACUCAGGAUUGGCCUGUAAUAUUGAGGAGGAGCGCUACUCUGAAAGGGUCUACACUAUCCGGGAAGGAGAAACUCUAGAGUUGACCUGUCUGGUAACAGGACAUCCACGUCCACAGAUCAGGUGGACCAAAACAGCAGGAAGUGCCUCUGACAGAUUCCAAGACUCCAGUGUCUUCAAUGAGACUUUGAGGAUUACAAACAUUCAGAGACACCAAGGUGGCCGCUAUUACUGUAAAGCAGAGAACGGCUUGGGGUCCCCAGCAAUAAAGUCGAUCCGAGUGGAUGUGUACUACUUGGAUGAUCCAGUAGUAACUGUUCAUCAAAGCAUAGGUGAAGCUAAAGAACAAUUUUACUAUGAGAGAACAGUGUUUCUCAGGUGUGUGGCCAAUUCUAACCCGCCUGUGCGCUACAGUUGGAGACGUGGCCAAGAGGUGUUGCUUCAAGGAUCUGACAAAGGAGUGGAAAUUUAUGAGCCCUUCUUUACCCAGGGUGAAACAAAGAUCUUAAAGCUAAAGAAUCUUCGACCUCAGGACUAUGCUAACUACAGCUGCAUUGCUUCAGUGAGGAACGUGUGUAAUAUUCCAGACAAGAUGGUAUCAUUUAGACUUUCCAAUAAAACAGCAUCCCCGUCAAUUAAGCUGUUGGUGGAUGAUCCUAUAGUCGUAAAUCCUGGAGAGGCCAUAACAUUAGUGUGUGUUACGACAGGAGGAGAGCCCACGCCCUCUCUCACUUGGGUCAGGUCCUUCGGGACUCUACCUGACAAGAUUGUUUUGAAUGGAGGGACGCUUACCAUACCUGCCAUCACCUCAGAUGAUGCUGGUACUUAUAGCUGCAUUGCCAAUAAUAAUGUGGGAAAUCCUGCAAAAAAAUCCACCAACAUCAUUGUGAGAGCCUUAAAAAAAGGACGAUUUUGGAUCACUCCUGAUCCUUAUCACAAAGAUGACAACAUCCAGAUUGGGCGUGAGGUGAAAAUAUCUUGUCAAGUAGAAGCUGUUCCUUCUGAGGAGUUAACAUUUAGUUGGUUUAAAAAUGGUCGUCCAUUAAGAAGUUCUGAGCGGAUGGUUAUUACACAGACUGACCCGGAUGUAUCCCCCGGAACAACAAAUUUGGAUAUCAUUGAUUUAAAAUUCACGGACUUUGGGACUUACACAUGCGUGGCCUCUCUGAAGGGAGGAGGAAUAUCUGAUAUCAGUAUUGACGUUAAUAUUUCCAGCAGUACAGUUCCACCCAAUCUGACUGUUCCACAGGAAAAAUCACCUUUGGUCACCAGAGAAGGAGACACAAUAGAACUUCAAUGUCAAGUAACUGGGAAACCUAAACCAAUCAUCCUUUGGUCUAGAGCGGAUAAAGAAGUCGCAAUGCCUGAUGGGACAAUGCAAAUGGAGAGUUACGAUGGGACACUGAGGAUUGUGAAUGUGUCAAGGGAAAUGUCAGGGAUGUACAAGUGUCAAACCAGCCAAUACAACGGAUUCAACGUGAAGCCAAGAGAAGCCUUGGUCCAGCUCAUCGUACAGUAUCCCCCAGCUGUGGAACCAGCAUUCUUGGAAAUUCGUCAAGGACAGGACAGAAGUGUGACCAUGAGCUGCAGGGUCCUGAGAGCUUAUCCAAUACGAGUGCUGACCUAUGAGUGGCGUUUGGGCAAUAAAUUAUUACGGACUGGUCAGUUUGACUCUCAGGAAUAUACAGAGUACCCUGUAAAAAGUCUUUCCAAUGAAAACUACGGAGUCUAUAACUGCAGCAUCAUCAAUGAAGCCGGGGCGGGGAGAUGCAGCUUUCUGGUGACAGGGAAGGCCUAUGCCCCAGAGUUCUAUUACGACACCUACAACCCUGUGUGGCAGAACCGACACCGAGUAUAUUCCUACAGUCUACAGUGGACACAAAUGAAUCCUGAUGCCGUGGAUCGAAUAGUUGCAUACCGGUUGGGUAUUCGUCAGGCUGGUCAGCAGCGUUGGUGGGAACAGGAGAUUAAAAUAAAUGGGAAUAUUCAAAAGGGAGAACUGAUUACAUAUAACUUGACUGAACUGAUUAAACCAGAGGCCUAUGAAGUCCGACUAACUCCUCUCACUAAAUUUGGUGAAGGAGAUUCAACAAUUCGUGUAAUCAAAUAUACUGCACCUGUAAAUCCUCACUUGAGAGAGUUUCACUGUGGAUUUGAAGAUGGUAAUAUUUGUUUGUUCACCCAAGAUGAUACUGAUAAUUUUGACUGGACAAAACAAAGUACUGCGACAAGAAAUACAAAAUACACUCCUAACACGGGGCCCAAUGCAGAUCGCAGUGGUUCCAAAGAAGGUUUUUAUAUGUACAUUGAGACAUCACGACCCAGACUAGAAGGUGAAAAGGCUCGACUUCUCAGCCCUGUAUUCAGCAUAGCUCCCAAAAAUCCAUAUGGACCCACAAACACUGCGUAUUGUUUCAGUUUCUUCUACCACAUGUAUGGGCAACAUAUAGGUGUUUUAAAUGUCUAUCUACGUUUGAAAGGGCAGACAACAAUAGAGAAUCCUCUAUGGUCUUCAAGUGGGAAUAAAGGACAACGGUGGAAUGAGGCUCAUGUUAAUAUAUAUCCAAUUACUUCAUUUCAGCUAAUUUUUGAAGGCAUUCGAGGUCCUGGGAUAGAAGGUGACAUCGCUAUUGACGAUGUAUCAAUAGCUGAAGGAGAAUGUGCAAAACAGGACCUAACAACUAAGAAUUCCGUGGAUGGUGCUGUUGGGAUCUUAGUGCACCUAUGGCUUUUCCCCGUCAUCAUCCUCAUCUCUAUCCUAAGUCCUCGAAGGUGACCUUAUCUUGGCAGAGGCUAUCAAUGAUUCACCAGGCACUGGCAUGAAGAAAGAGUCUUUGUAAAUGGACACAGAAAAACAAACAAACAAACAAACAAACUACCAAAGAUUCCUCCACUGACUACUGACUCAAAAAUUAAUAAUAAAAACAGCAUUUUUUAAGCACUGGGGAUAAAAAGACAUCAUGGAAAUAUAACUUAUUCCAAACUACAUAGAGAAGAUAAUCCUGGCCUGGGUACGGAAGAGACCUUCAGGUGCUUUUGUGGCUACAACGAUUACAGCUUCAUCUGGUUGAACUCUGGAAAAAGAAAAAAAAAAAGAAAGAGAAAGAAGAAGAAGAAGAAGAAGAAGAAGAAGAAGAAGAAGAAGAAGAAAUAAAGAGCUACAGAAAUCCUCGUCAAAGCACAAAGUCAUGGCUGGUUUUGUUUCAAAUGAAUAGUUUGCUUGUUACCAUGGAAACCUAAUGGCCUGCCAACAAAAACCUCACUGUAAACAGGGUACGUGGAGAGCUGGCAUUUAUUUUCCUUUCAAGAAGGUUUUAUGUAGAGAAUUAAAUAAAUGUAGGCCCUUUUA